AUGUCUGAUAUUACUUUGGGUCGUUAUCUUUUUGAAAGAUUAAACCAAGUUAAAGUUCAAACUAUCUUUGGUUUACCAGGUGAUUUCAAUUUAUCUUUAUUAGAUAAAAUUUAUGAAGUUGAUGGUUUAAGAUGGGCUGGUAACGCCAAUGAAUUAAACGCUGCUUACGCUGCUGAUGGUUAUUCAAGAGUUAAAGGUUUAUCUGCUAUCAUUACCACUUUUGGUGUUGGUGAAUUAUCUGCCUUGAACGGUAUUGCAGGUUCUUAUGCUGAACAUGUUGGUGUUUUACACAUUGUCGGUGUUCCAUCAAUCUCAUCUCAAGCUAAACAAUUAUUAUUGCAUCAUACUUUAGGUAACGGUGAUUUCACUGUUUUCCACAGAAUGUCUCAAAACAUUUCUCAAACCACUGCAUUCAUUAAAGAUAUUAACUCUGCUCCAGCUGAAAUUGAUCGUUGUAUUAGAGAAGCUUACAUUUUUCAAAGACCAGUUUACUUAGCUUUACCAGCUAACUUGGUUGAUGAUUUAGUUUCAACUGAUUUAUUGAAAACUCCAAUUGAUUUAUCAUUAAAAGCAAAUGAUGAAGAAGCUGAAAAUGAAGUUGUUCAAACCGUUUUAGAAUUAGUUGCAAAAGCUGAAAACCCAGUUAUCUUAGUUGAUGCUUGUGCUUCUCGUCAUUCAGUUAAAGAAGAAACUAAAGCUUUAAUUGAUGCUACUCAAUUCCCAACUUUUGUUACUCCAAUGGGUAAAGGUGCUGUUGAUGAACAACAUCCAAGAUUCGGUGGUGUUUAUGUUGGUACUUUAUCAAAACCAGAUGUUAAAGCUCAAGUUGAAAAUGCUGAUUUAGUUUUAUCUGUUGGUGCCUUAUUAUCAGAUUUCAACACUGGUUCUUUCUCAUACUCUUACAAAACUAAAAACAUUGUUGAAUUCCAUUCAGAUCACAUCAAAAUUAGAAAUGCUACUUUCCCAGGUGUUCAAUUCCACUCUGUUUUAAAGAAAUUAAAUGAACAAAUUGGUCCAAUUGUUAAAGAUUACAAACCAUACCCAGUUCCAAAAGUUAGCUUAACAACUGCUCCAACUGCUCCAGAAACUCCAUUAACUCAAGAAUGGUUAUGGACUAGAAUCUCAUCAUGGUUAAGAGAAGGUGAUGUUGUUAUCACUGAAACUGGUACUUCAGCUUUCGGUAUUGUUCAAUCAAGAUUCCCAACUAACACAACUGGUAUUUCUCAAGUCUUAUGGGGUUCUAUUGGUUACUCUGUUGGUGCUGCUUUAGGUGCUGUUGCCGCUGCUGAAGAAGUUGACAGAGAAAAGAGAGUCUUAUUAUUCGUUGGUGAUGGUUCAUUACAAUUAACUGUUCAAGAAAUCUCAACCAUGAUCAGAUGGGGUUUAACACCAUACAUUUUCGUCUUAAACAAUGCUGGUUAUACCAUUGAAAGAUUAAUUCACGGUGAAAAAGCUUCUUAUAACGAUGUUCAACCAUGGGAUCAUUUAUCAUUAUUGAAAACUUUCGGUGCUAAAGAUUAUGAAUCUAUCAGAGUUUCAACCACUGGUGAAUUUGAUAAAUUAGCUAAUGAUGAAGCUUUCUCAAAGAACUCUAAGAUCAGAUUAGUUGAAAUCAUGUUACCAGUUAUGGAUGCUCCAUUAAACUUGGUUAAACAAGCUCAAAUUACUGCUGCUACUAACGCUUCAAAAUAG